AGAUCUCAUCUUCCCUAUAUUCUUUCUCUUGUCUGAGAGCCAGAAAAGACUGCUAAAGACCAAACACAAACAGCACAGGAAAACAACAUCACCAAACAACACACAUCCUCUGUCUCUCUUCAGAGACAAGACAACUAUCUCCUCUUUAUACAAAUCUCAGCUCCAAUUACUGUUACUAAGCCCUUACAUAAACAAACAUGUCAAGGAAAUGAAGCUUAGAUUGGAGGAGAAAUGGGGUGUGUGAUUAGCCGAGAAGUGUCAUCAGGAGUAGUCUCUGAGGUGAAGGAGGAAAAGAGUUUGAAGGUUGAGUCCAACAAGAAGGUUGAUGAAGUGUCCACGAGCAGAGCUGAGGGGAGUAUAGGAGAGGUUCAGAAUGGUGAGAAGGAGAAGGAGAAGGAUAAGGAGAAGGAAGAGAAGGGUGGUGAUGAUGGGGUUCAGCGGCCAAGGGGUGAAAGAAGAAGAUCAAAGCCAAACCCAAGGCUAAGUAAUCCACCUAAGCAUUUGCAGGGGGAGCAAGUAGCAGCUGGGUGGCCACCUUGGCUUACAACAGUGUGUGGGGAAGCACUUAGUGGGUGGAUUCCGCGAAAGGCUGAUACAUUUGAGAAAAUUGAUAAGAUCGGUCAAGGAACAUAUAGUAAUGUGUACAAAGCUAAAGACAUGUUGACGGGUAAGAUUGUUGCACUGAAGAAGGUUCGAUUUGACAAUUUGGAACCUGAAAGCGUAAAAUUCAUGGCUAGAGAGAUUCUUAUUUUGCGAAGAUUGGAUCAUCCCAAUGUUAUAAAGCUAGAAGGUUUAGUUACAUCUAGAAUGUCCUGGAGUUUGUAUCUGGUGUUUGAAUACAUGGUGCAUGAUUUAGCUGGACUUGCUGCAAGCCCAGACAUCAAGUUCACAGAACCUCAGGUCAAAUGUUACAUGCAUCAACUGCUAUCAGGACUUGAGCACUGUCAUAAUCAACAUGUACUUCACCGUGAUAUUAAAGGAUCGAAUCUUCUUAUUGACAACGAAGGAAUACUUAAAAUUGCUGACUUUGGACUUGCAUCUUUCUUUGAUCCAAACCACAGGCAUCCCCUGACUAAUCGAGUAGUUACCCUUUGGUACCGGCCUCUUGAGUUGCUUCUUGGUGCCACAGAUUAUGGUGUGGGUGUUGACCUUUGGAGUGCUGGUUGCAUUUUAGGAGAGUUAUUGGCUGGGAAACCAAUUAUGCCUGGCCGUACAGAGGUGGAACAACUGCAUAAGAUAUACAAACUUUGUGGUUCGCCUUCUGAUGAGUAUUGGAAGAAGUCAAAGUUGCCAAAUGCUACCUUGUUUAAACCUCGAGAGCCAUACAAGAGAUGCAUAAGAGAGACAUUUAAAGAUUUUCCACCUUCUGCGCUGCCCCUUCUUGAUACUCUUCUUGCAAUUGAUCCAGCAGAACGGAAGAAUGCCUCAGAUGCUCUUAAAAGUGAGUUCUUUACCACAGAACCUUAUGCUUGUGAUCCUUCUAGCCUUCCAAAAUAUCCUCCAACCAAGGAAAUCGAUGUUAAACGACGGGAUGAUGAAGCAAGGAGAUCAAGAGCUCCAGGCAAAGCUCAUGUUGAUGGUGCGAAGAAGCAUCGAACACGUGAUCGUGCUGUAAAAGCUGCUCCUGAAGCCAAUGCUGAGCUUCAAUACAAUAUUGAUAGAAGGCGUCUAAUCAGUCAUGCAAAUGCCAAGAGCAAGAGUGAAAAGUUCCCUCCCCCGCAUGAAGAUGGACAACUUGGCUUUCCUUUGGGAUCUUCAAAUCAUAUUGAUCCAGAUAUUGUUCCUCAUGAUGUCUCUUUGGGUUCAACCUCAUAUAUCUAUUCAAAGGAACCAUUCCAAGCUUGGUCAGGUCCCAUUGGUGAUUCUGCUAGCAUUGGUGUCCCAAAACGGAAGAAACACACUGCAGGUGAUGCAUUGGAUUUAUCAAAACCAUAUAAAGGUGCCCUCAAGGAUAAGGGUAAAGGAAAGAAAAUCAUAGUUUAGAUAUUGAGUACAUUCUUAAUUUCUUAUAGAGUCAAAUUUAAGAAAGUAUAUGACCCUGCUGCCUCAUUUUUUGGUGGAGUCCAACUACUGCUGCAUGUCUGCUUCCCAAGUGAAGUUAAUUCCUUCUUUUCAAAGGGUGAUACCAUAAACCAUUUUCUCCCAUUUUUCAACCUUCAUUUUUUUUUUUAGUAGUUUUUAUUUCUUGGGUUUCAUUUAGAUAAAGAUUUUUUUCCUGGGUUCAGUCUUUUGGUAUGAUAGAGAAUUACUAUGAUGUACAUUGUGAUUUUUUUUUUUUUUUUCUCUUGUUAAUAUCUGAAUUCUGUUUAUUUUGUUGUGAAUUGCAAUAAAUUUGAGAUGUUUUUGUGUC